CAUCUUGUCCAAAGAACGCGCAGUAGGGUGUGGAGUCGUGCUACUAGCUAGCUAUUAUGUGUCUCCCUUGAGCUGAUGAAGUGAAAAGCGGGCAUGCGGCCUUGUAAGCUGUUUCGGUAACAUUAAAAUAUUCCGUUUUAAAGUGGCGUGAAGCAUUCGACUUUUUUACAUAGUUGUCUGUUUGAUCUGCCCGGACCGGCGAAGAUGUUAAACUGCAUGGCAUCUAUAUUUGACACUAAUUCGGCAACUGUUGGCUAAGUGUUUAAAAGGGGAUUUACUUUGCGCUAACAUGCUAGCAAACUAUUGCAGUUGGCAGUAUCUUGCUUGCCAGCUAACCGGCAACGUUGGAAAUCGUUAGCGAUUUUCCAUGUCAAAAAUGUCUCGAUCCAAGCACUGUCGUUCAGCUAGCUACCAAGAUUUCUUCUUCCUUACUAAGUUCACUUAAAGUACAUUUUAUGAGGCCUUGAAUUAGCCAAUGAGUAAAAGUGUUGCUAUUGAUAUGUGCUGAAUCAAGGUCGUGCCACCUAAGUAAGCUAAGUGAACCCUUCAAUGUUACCCUUUAUCAAUCUGCUUUGUAUAUCCUUGGAUCACCUACCUCGCUACCUGUGCAGAUGCGUCUACCUACCUGCUUGUCAUCUCGGCAGAUGCUCGAAUUCGCUGGUUGUCCUCCACGACUGUUGGUUCAGCUGAAUGAAAAGUGUUGACGUGUUUAACUAGAGGACGACAAACAUAGCCUCCCAUCAUGGCAGACCAUGAACUCGACUCCGACUUCACCAGUGGAGAUUCUGGGGCUUCCACAACUUACCCCAUGCAAUGCAGCGCCCUGCGCAAGAACGGCUUUGUCGUUCUGAAGGGACGUCCGUGCAAGAUAGUGGAAAUGUCAACUUCCAAGACUGGCAAGCAUGGUCAUGCCAAGGUGCACAUGGUUGGAAUUGAUAUCUUCACUGGCAAGAAGAAUGAGGAUAUUUGCCCUUCCACUCACAACAUGGAUGUCCCUAACAUCAAAAGGGUUGAUUACCAGCUGGUCAACAUUUCCGAUGGGUUCCUGACCCUCCUGAAGGACAACGGAGACCUUCGUGAGGACCUAAGGCUGCCUGAAGGGGAUCUGGGAAAAGAGAUAGAGAACAAAUUUGAAGCUAAUGAAGACAUCAUGAUCUCAGUCCUGUCUGCCAUGGGAGAGGAGUGUGCGGUUGCCAUCAAGGCCAUGACCAAGUAAACCAGGCAGGAUCGGGCUGUUUGGGCGAAUACCCAUCACCAGAAAGUGUUGGUUUUGAAAUGGCACCAAAGCUACGGCCUUUGACAAACAACCUCGAAUCAUUUCAGUUCAAACCCAAAACCGUGAUGGACCUUUUCCCAUAAUGUCUCUUAUGUAUGUAUCUGAUGGCUGAUUGGUUGUCUCCCAAACCAUUGAGUACACCUCUACCCCCAGCAAUCUCCUUCCCACCUCAUCACCCCUGCCACCAUUCCAUUCCACCCAUUCCAUUUCCACUUCCUGCAUCAACAUUCCCUCUUUGAAAAACACAAAUUAACAUCCCUGAAAUGUUCGUCCUUUCUCUUUUUGCUAUGUUUUCAUUCCUUUUAAGGUGGGAAGCAUGUUUGGUUUAGGAGGCUGUGAAACGCAGCAAGAGUGCGCCAUCCAUAGGAUGCAUCUUGGUUGGCAUGGCAGGCUUUUAUUCCAGCAUGUUUGCCCAGUUGGUUGCUGCCCUGUACUCUAUGCCACCGUCACCUUCCCCAUCACAUUCCCAAACCUACUUCCAUCACUGAUUUUGGUCGUAGAUAGCAUGCUUUCUGGAGCAGGUGCAAGGGUGCAGUGUUCACCUUGACAUCGUAAUCCACGUGAACGGCGGCAGUUUUUCCCCAUAUCCGGUCUGCCUUAAAAAAGAUUCUUAGUCUAGAUGAAGGAGAAAAUGAAACCUAAAAAGCAGACACGGAUGAGCUUGCCCAUGCACAAUUUACCUCUGAUUUAAAACAAAAGAAGUUGGUUUUGUUGGUCUGUAUUUGGCAAAACUAUGAUGAAAUCUACCACCAUACUCAAAGCCUGUAUCGGUCAUCUAGGUAGCUAGGCUCUUGUUUGUUUGUUUGUUUGUUUGUUUGUUUGUUUUGUUUUUGUUUGGAUUUUUCUUUUCCUGAAUGUCGCACUGCCACCUUGUGGGCUUGAGUAGGAGUCAACCAGGAGAAAUUGAUAUUUACUUUAUCACUUGAGGCCUUUUGUCACCAGACUAAGGAGAGUUAACAUCAACUAAUACCCCUCCAACACAGACACACAGUCUUUCAAGUUUGCUUUUUCAUUUUGAUUCUGAAAUUGAGGUUAUGCCUCUUUGUUUACAGCACAACAUUUGGUGUUUGCUUAUUCUGGCUGAAAAUGCGUCCCACCAGAGUCCAAGGGCUACUUGAUUUGCCCCUGGAAUCUUGGGUUUUACAAAAGUGGGGAUUGUGUCUAGUAUUACCGUGAUUACUUUCCAUUCUGAAAAGUGAUACACCCCCCCCCCCUCGUGAGAAUAUUAAAGAAUUAUGCUUUUCUUUUCGUUGAGUAAGGUGACUUCACUUGACCAGUCUUGAGGCAACAGUGCUCCCAUUUGCGAUGGGUUGACACUGCAGGACCACCACACUUAAGCAGUGUGUGCCCUAAGCCAUAUUUCAAUGUCGCGAAUACUUAGCACUUAAUUGACCUGGCCCUUCUUGGAGGUUAAUGCGUAAACCUUUUUUUUUUUUGUAGUGGCCGAUAGACUGUAUUUUGAAAUUACAGUGAAGGGAUAGGCUUAAUGAGUCUUAAUCUCUUCAGUUGUUGUGUAAUAUUUAAGUCAUGUAGCUCAAGUUUAAAUGGUGAUCGUAUUCAUUUUGUGAGCACUUGAUGUUCAAAAAGAUUAUUUUCUUUUUUGUCUUUUCUUUUUGAGAAAGCUCAAUUUGGUACCGUGUCACUUAGUUUCUUGCUUAAUUGUGUACAAAUGUGUAACCCCCCCCCCCCCAAAAAACUAAACAUGGUUCAAAAUGUAGAAUGUCAACAUGUUUUAUUUGCUGCACUUGUAGAAAUUAAUUAUGUAUAUGAAGAGAUUCUGAAAGUUGCUGUUUUAAAGAGUGUUAUAUAGUAAAUCUGAUUGCUACCCCAA